AUGACAGACGAUUUAGCUAAUUUGGAGUGUUUAUUCAGUUCAUAUUUAAAUCCUUUGCGGGAAACUCAAGUAAAUAUAUCGAGUUCAACCACCCAGAAACAGUAUCUGUCUCGAAACUCAAGUAGCGUUGUGGAUCACGCAGAAGAGUUUAUCAAAAAGCACCAAAUAAAUAAAGAUACUAUAGGUAUAACAUCAAAAGCAUUCAAAUGCAUAUAUAAAUCACCUUCUUCUAGUCUAAGCUGUAGCCAGAAAAUUGAAACAUUCAAAAAGCAUCAGCUCUUCAUUGUUACCCUACUUGAACAGAAGUUUUUCAAAGAGUGCAAAGAUGAGUUAGAGUAUGUUUAUUUAAUUAUACUGAAGGACUUUUACAGAGGCGAAAAUAAUACCAAAAUUCUGGAUAAUACCAGUUGGUUGUCGGAUGGGAUCCCUUUACCGUCCGAAAUCCCUACGAACCUUGUUAUUGCUUUCAAUUUCCUUUAUCUUCAGUUCACUUUACAAUAUUUUAGUAGGAGGAUUCGAUCUGAAAACUUAAAUAACUUGAAAUCGAUAGUUGCAGUUUUACUUUCAACCAGCAAUUUUUCCAAAUGGUUAUCUUUGAGUAAUUCAAAGUUAAAGCACUAUACAAACUUGUUAAAGCUAAUGAAUGGGUUGGUGAAGAUUGUUGAUCAUAUCAUUGCCAAAAAGUAUUGGGAUGAAGAUGAUAUUUCUGACUUGAAAAAUUUCCUAUCUUUGAAAGAAAUAGAGUAUCAGUUCAGCAUUGGAAACCAAGCUCUCGCCGACGAUAAGAAAGUAUUGGAAAUCAUUAAUUCACUUAAUUUCGAGAAUAACUUGACCAGUCAAUGUGUUCUCGACUUAAAGCAAUGCUUACCUAAAGAUUGCAAGAUCUAUCCGCUUCUAAAUGAACCUAUCUUGCAGACCGAAAUUGCAUCGGAGGAACUUCUUCCUAGUCAUAUAAUUAGCUGUAUUAAACAAAACCCUUCUCCAGAAUCAAUUCUAAACAUUAUCGAUGAACAUUUCCAAAGUCACACAUUCCAAUCUAUUGAAUCGCUUUUGAACCUGCCUGCUUCAAUGAACUUGCAAAUCUUGGAAAUAAUUCUGAUUUACAUCGAAAUCUCACCAAUUUUUGGUAAAUGCCAGCUUAAUUUUUUGGACCUAAUUAUAAUUCAAUUAAAGACUGUUAUUACCUCAAACCAGAAACUCACAUCACCAAUAACUACUUUCAGAAUACUUUCCAUCGCCUUUAAUGUACUUUCCAAUAACCAAAAACUUACGAGACUUCGAAAUGUUUCGAAUCUUCUCUAUAAGCUUGGUAGUGUGACACCAAUUCGAAGUUCAUUCUCCUUGCAGUGCUGGAAACUAUGUAUCAAAUGUGAAGUGUUCUUGUACAAAAGAGUAUCAACUACUGAAAAUGAGCAUAAUCUUCAACAUAAACUAGAGAAAAUCGUAAAUUUCUUUUACGAAUCUGAAGAAUUUUUAGCAUCAAAUCAACUUAUGUUGGAUUAUUUGGAAUUGCUUUCCGUGGAAGAGGAGUCCAAGAAUAUUUUAGAAUCAGUACAGGACUUCCAAAAGCCAUUGAUUAUUCAAUUGAUUGCCAAAUGCCUCUCGUCUAAUUCCACAUUAUCUAGCCACUUAUGGAGUGAGAACUCUAGAAUAUCUGAAACUUUAAGAUCUACUUUAUAUGUAAAGGUAAUACAGUUUCUAGAGAAAUCAAAUAACAUUCAUGAAAAAACAAGUAUGAUAAAUCACAUCACUGGAGAGUUAUAUUUGAAGAAUGAACUUAAUCAACUAGUGGCCUCCUACUACUAUUUGAGCAUUACUGGUUUAGCAGAAUAUUUACCUGUGAACUCUCUCCGUUUGGAGGAAUGUGGGAUUUCUACGCUACAACUUUUUCGAAGCGCAGUUUAUUUUCAAAUUGUUUUAAGAGAUGGCUGGAGCAGCGACUUUGUUUAUAGAUUUAUAAGUUACUUGCAAUCAUGGUUGCUUCAAGAUCAAUUGGCUAACAUUGAAGUCGAAUUUGGUGUUGGCAUUAUGAAAAGAAUUUUGAUAUUUUUGGGUUGCAAUGAAAUGAAGCAAGAGGCCAUGGAAAUAUGUCAACUAAGCUCUAACUUAAAUCUUUCUCCGUUGGAUAAAGUACAUCUAAAUUUAAUGGAAGCAAGAAUUGAAAUAAAGCCAUCUUCGUUGUACUUACUCAAAUCUACAGGUGACCAAUUUAAAGCUAUGAGGUUGGUAGACAUUAGCAUACAAGAUGUUCUUAAUUGGAAGUUAGUUCAAUUAGACUACUGCAUAACCCUUAAUGAUAAAGAUUCUUCUUCAAAAAUUUUGUCAAUAGAGAAAUUCAUAUCUUCAAAGCUCGAUUUUGAAGAUAGUAGUAUUCCAAUACAAAAUAAAUUCCAAAAUUUAAUGAUGGUUGCCAGGUUCAGGUAUUUAAGUGGAAAGUAUUUUCAUCAAAAGUUAAACUAUCUAAAAUCAUACGAAAAUUUCAGAAUGGUUGUGAAGAUAAUUCACUCCGUGAUAAAAAGAAUUGGCAAUAAUUCACCAAUGCAAAGUUAUUUCACGAUUAAAUGGGAAAUAAAUGGCCUUCUUAUAAAUUCCUAUUUUGGGACGAUAAAUGCAUUAAUAAAAUUGGGUGUAUCAAAUGAUUUGAAGUUCUACCUAGAAUCAUGCGAAUCAUUCUUGGAUCUGGCCAAUUUAUCACCUAAAAUAAACAAAUUAAAUUGGUAUAAGAUUUCAAAUUUCUAUUAUCUUCUCGAUAAUCAGGAUAAUUUUCUUAAAUUUUCGGCGAAAGCUUCGAAUUAUAACUCUUGGGGAGAGUCGAAAUCAAGUUUGGAGGAGGAAUUGAAUAAUAUACUAUUAAUAGAUUCCAACAAAGUGACUAAGUCUGUAUUUUCUAGAGAUCAAGUGAAAUUCAAAGAGCUGCUCAUUAUAAGUGACUACAUUCAUAGUCUAUUUCUUAGACCUAAAAGAUGCUACAAGAACUACCCCACUGAAGAAAUUAGUAUUGAGUAUUACCUAAUUCUAAAAUGGGUAUUGCAUUACAAAGAAUUAAUUGAGAAAUCGACAACUGGUAUAAAGGAUUCCCCUUCUUACAAGACGUUAGUUACAGCUUUUGACUUCUUUACAGACCUAGCUAGUUCUUUGUCUAAAUUAGAACAUCUAUCUACUUAUGAGGUGAAGGAUUUAGUAAAGUCUUUGUUACUUUCUAGUCUGUUACUUUCUUCAUCAAGUGCAGUAGUGAUGAAGCAUGAAAUGGCUACAUCUACUUCCCUAACGAAAAUGCUCUUUUGCUUGCAAGAAUUUUCAAGGGAUCUCCCUUUUGCUUUUGAAAGAGAAAUUUAUAGAGAAUAUUCAAAAGGAAUUGUACCAAAAACAGAAAUUUCGAACGGAAGCAGACCUACUCUAAUGGAGAUGUCGCUUAAUGGCUCUGUGAACAUAGUGGAUGAUUUGACUAAACAUUUACCAAAAUCUUGGAUAAUUGUAAGUAUUGACGCUUGUGAAUCGACCGGUGAUAUCGUCUUCUUUAAGCAUCAGAGAGGAAUACUGAAUUAUUUUCGGCUAUCACCAGAUAGGUGGGCAGGUUCUGAGGGGUGCCUUAGCUUUCAGAAGCUUUGUGAAGAGUUUAAUGAAAUUAUUAGACUCAGUAGUUUAUCAACAAAGAAAGAAGUAACCUUGAAUGUAAAAUCAAAAGAACAAAGGCAAAACUGGUGGAAAAAUCGAUUCCACUUAGAUUUAAAGUUAAAAAAUUUGUUAAGAGUUAUUGAGUUGUAUUGGUUAGGGGGGUUUAAAGGAAUCUUUGAUUCGACUCCAAACGCUUCUUACUUUGCGAAACUUUCCAAGAAUGUGGGUGAACUAUUUCAGGAAGUUUUACAUAAAGACUACGAAGGUAUGAUCUUGAAUACUAACGAAGAAUUUGUUCACCUUUUGCAAAUAGCCAAUUCCGGAAGUACAUCGCUUGAAUUAGUGGGCGAUGUGCUCAGAAAUUCGAUGAAGAAUUUUAAUUCACUAUCUAACAAUGAAAUUGAAAGGCUCACCAUUGGAUUGAACAACAUAUUGAGCAACUAUGCUAAAGAUAUUUCCCAAGGAGAGAACGAAACCCAUUAUGUGAUCAUUCCUAGUAGCAAUUGUUCAUUUAUCCCUUGGGAGUCACUUUCAUUCAUGAAAUACAAGUCAGUUUCUCGAAUGCCAUCCGUUCAAGGAUUACUAAGAGUGCUAAAAAUGCAACCCAAUACAACUUGCGUUUUUGAUAACUCAAACCAGAGUCCUAAAGUAUGCUAUCUUAUCAAUCCAGAAGGAGAUUUGAAAAGAACUGAAUCAACAUUUGCGACGAAAUUCAAGACCCUCGGCACUUCAUGGAAAGGACUAGUCGGAGAAAAACCAGAUGAUGGCCAACUAAUUAUUGACUUGUUGCAAUCUGACCUAUUUAUUUAUUUGGGUCAUGGUGGAUGUGAACAAUACAUUAAAACUUCAGAAUUACUAAAAUUAACUAAUUCAAAAGAUUCAAAGAAACAUUUGCUGCCGAGUUUGUUAAUUGGCUGUUCUUCGGGAGCCAUCAACAAGAAUGGCCUCUUGGAGCCUCAUGCUAAUGUUUAUGACUGGAUGAUUGGCGGUGCUCCAAUGGUGAUGUGCAAUUUGUGGGAUGUUACCGACAAAGAUAUAGAUGCUUUUAGUAGCUCUGUUUUCGAAAAAUGGGGUUUAUUUGGCAAAGAUAAGGACGAAAAUUCGAGUGCUAUUAAUAUAUGCCAAGCAGUGGACCAAAGUAGAGACAUUUGUGUUUUAAAGCAUUUGAAUGGAUGUGCUCCUAUAGUUUACGGACUUCCAUUAUAUUUAAGAAAUUGA